AUGUCCACUUGCGCAACUCAAACUGAUCUCGACCGUUUGGCCAGUCUCAACUUUAUAAUUUCUCAAUUUGUGAACUUAUUCACAGCCCUCAUCACAUUUUCAGCCUCAAUUUUUGCUUUAAAAUUGCUAAUUUUCCAUUCAAUACUUGAAAAUUCCACAAAACUAUUGCUUAUCCUUAAUUUGGCCUAUGCAAUUAUCUACCAAAUAUUCUACAGUAUCGAAGCAACUACAGUAGUCUAUAAGCAUUUCAAUUUGGAGCAUGAGAAAUGCGAAAUUCUAAAACUCGAAAAAUCUUGUGCUCCGAUUAAUCAGAUUUUGCUCGGCUGCUCAUCCGGAAUGAUUUUCUGCCAAACGGGUUUAAUUCUGGAACGAACGAUUGCCACGUUUUAUAAGGAUUACUGUAGACAUCAUUAUUUAAUUAGCUCGCUAAUUACCCUAAUUAUCUUGGUAAUUAGCUCACAAAUCGGAAGAUUGGUUUAUUGGGAUGAUCCUUUGAAUGCGGCCAGCUUGGCUUGCUUCGUUUUCCCCAAACAAAGCGCUCAGCGAUCGCUGAUCUACUUUUUGUGCUGUACAGUAGUCACUAUGCUCAAUUUGACGGCUUCGAUUUGGUUGAAGAGAUAUAAUAAGAAAUUGGAGUAUCAGUGA